AUGUCCUCCAUCACAAUCGGAACCCUCCCUCGAAUGAGUCGCGACGCUCUCUCCGCGCUUCUCCUCUCAACCAGCACGCCCACCAAACUAGCCAUCAUCGACGUCCGGGACUCAGAUCACAUUGGCGGCCACAUCCACACCUCAACAUGGGUUCCCAGCUCCAGCCUCGACACUCGCAUGCCCGAGCUCGUGCGCACCCUCAAAGACAAAGAGAAGGUCGUAUUUCACUGCGCGCUCAGCCAACAACGCGGUCCGUCUGCGGCGCUGCGGUAUGCACGAGAGCGGGAGAGGGUCUACGGGCCCGAGGAGAGCCAUACGCAGCAGGUUUAUGUGCUUGAGGGCGGGUUUGUGCAGUGGCAGGAGAAAUAUGGGAAUGAUGAGCGGUUGACCGAGGCAUACGUGGAGGAUAUUUGGAGGGAGUAUUGA